UAUAAAUAUUUGCAGGUCUAUUAAGUAUAAACCUAACCUAUUAUUGACAACGCGACGUAACCCCACUCUUUGGUUGAAAUGCCGUAACGCUAGAUUUGGUUAACCUUAACACUGUUGAAUGAUUUAGAAAUUAUAGUCGGCCAUUCUUUUUUUUAUCGUUUACGUACGUAUUGCGAGAGUGUUCGUUUGGUUAGCCAUUUGCUACCAGACGAAUUAUAUUAUAAAUAUUUUUUUUUUUCAUUCAGAUUUUAACGUCUAAUAGUAAACUAUGGCUGCUGGAAAGAAACAGGUACUUAUAAUUAUGAAUAUUUCAUAUAAAACUUCAAUACAUUACACAACUGAACCACGUGUUUAACGUAGGUUUGUGUACAUAUUAUUUUACUUUUAAUUCAACUUUCAUCAAUAUAUUAUUUAAAUAUAGUUACUCUAUUUAUUUCCAUUAGAAUCUUUUUAUUUGUUGUAAUAUUUGUUUGUCUAUUUAUCCCUGAAAACGAUUUCUUGCCAAUCUAAGUGUUUGGUUUUUAGAUUUAACUUUAACCGUGGGGGGGGUAAAUCAAAAUUACUUAAAUGUUUUAUAUGGUUUUUUUCUUAGUUGUAAUAUUUCCAUAAUUAGGUAUCUAUACAAUUUCUAUGUUCUACUUGUUCAUUAUCGCUACGCCGCAUCAAAAUAUUUAGGCGGUGCGUUACCUUGGCACCUUCAUGUUAAACAUGUCAUAAUUUUGACAUAAAAACCAUUUGUUAUGUGUGUUAUUUAUUUUGUAACAAUUUGUAACUGCAAAACAAUGUUUGAGAUUUAAUAGUUGCCAUAAUAAUAACUGUUCAUCUGUAAUCUGAUAUCCUGUGAGCUUAUCGCUGACUUUCUGCUUUAACUUUUGUAGAAAUUGCAUACACAAUAAAGAUUGAAGUAUAGCUUUUCAGGUUUGGGUUUAAGAAAAAGAACAUUAAAAGUCUCAUAGAUUUUUUUUAUUUUGUAAGGAAUUUAUAAAUUUGGUGGCCCUUAAAAGGGCUUUUUUAAUAUGAAUAUUCCUGUAAAGAACAGUUUUUAAUUAAUAUCAAAUUUUGAAUUGUAGGUAGCUACACAUUUUAUAUAAUUUUUGAUUUCUGUAAGGCUGUUAACAAGAUAUUUUAUUUUAAGUUUGGGUUGGAGGAGAAUUCAAAACAUGUCAACACUUAUUUUAUUUAUUUUAACUAAUACUCCUUCUAUAUAUGGAAUUUUUAAUAUAGGUUGCCAUUUGAAAAUCAAUUAAAAGUAGUUGGCGGUAUUCAAAUGUUCUAGUAAAUUAAUUCCUGGAAAUGUUAGUAUUUCCCGAGAUAAUGAUUAGUGUACCCACAAUAAAUGGCUCACCCGGUAUUCAGAAUUAUUUAAACUGAUUAUUCUUAUAUAUAUAUAUCAAUUGUUAUUAUUUUUUUGUGCACUAGCAGGGUGAUUACAACCAAGUACCAAAUUCUAUAAUGUUUUUUUUGUAAUAACAUUUCAAUUUUUAGCAAGAUUCCGAGGGUUCCCACUUAGUUGGGUAAUUGGACAUUUUAUUGUUAUCAACACAAACAGUUCUGGUGACUUUUAGCUUUUUAACAGUUAAAAUUAUUUGUUGGUUGCUAAGUGUUUUUUUUUUAAUAUUACCGACAUGACACCCCUACAAAAUUAGCAGAUAUAUUAUUAUCUACAAUUAAUAAAAUACAAAAUAUGUUUUAAAGGGCAUUAAUUUUUCUUGGAACCUUAUACCAAUUCAUUAUUGUGCUUACAAUUUAUGAGUCAAUCAUAUUUGUGUAUUAGCUUUCAGUUGAUUAACUCAACUGUUUAAGUUAAAGCAUAUUAGAUCUAAAACAUUUAAAUUAGACAUGUAAUAUAUUCCUUUAAAAAUAUAUUUCUUUUACCAGAAAAAUUUACUUUAUAUCUCUUAUGUUUAACAGCCAUUAAUUUAUAAAAAAAAACUGUUUUUACAAUUAAUAAUUUUAAAAAAUAAAAUUGUUUUUGCAUUUUUAGAAAAAGGCUUUGGAAAGCAUCAACACCAAAUUGGCUCUUGUCAUGAAGUCUGGAAAAUGUGUACUUGGCCUAAAGCAGUCUUUGAAAUCUUUAAGACAAGGAAAAUCUAAGCUGGUCAUCAUUGCAAACAACACAUCUCCUUUAAGGUGAGACUGAGAAGUAGGAAACCCCUGUUUCCUAUAACAUUAAAUAUAUAAUUUCCGACUUGGGGUUUACCUAUGGAGUAGUCUCAAGUUAUGUAGAUCAGGAUUUUCAUGCAUUUGAAUUUCCUUUACUUUGCUAUUUUAUUGAGUUCUUCAUUAAUAUGACGUUGAAACCUUACAAAUAGGUAUAUCCGAUAAACCAUCUAGGUAUGUUUUUGCUAAAUUGAUUUAAUUCUUUUUUUUUUUCACAUUUAGAGUAUCGGAAAUUGAAUACUAUGCAAUGUUGUCGAAGACUGAUGUUUUCCAGUAUUCAGGAAACAAUAUUGAAUUAGGUACUGCAUGUGGUAAAUACUUCAGGGUUGCAACGUUAUCUAUCACCGACCCUGGUGAUUCAGAUAUCAUCAAAACCAUACCUACUGAUCAACCAGCCCAAUAAAUGUGUAUUUAUAUUUUGACUUAAUAAAUAUUUUCUCACAAAAUUAAUAUUUUUACUUAUUAUAAUGAUAUAAGUUACCUAUCAUUCAUACAAUUUUUAUUGUAGAUGAUUGGUUAUCAAAUAAUUUGAUUGUCGACAUGAAAGUUAUAAUGUUACACUUGUUGUUUUAAGUGUGUAGUAUUGGCUCC